UUGUGAAUAAGACAUACUGCCUGAAAAAUGACGGACAGAUGGAUGCCCCAACCGUAUUAAAGUGGCAUGCAAAUCGUGUAGCAAGCUACUACAAUGUUAUAGGGGAAAACGAAUUCAAAGUAAAAAUAUACAACUGCUGACAGCAUAAAUCGAUAACAUACACUGUGUAGUGUCUUAACUUACAAAUGGAUUCAAAAGGUACAAUGUUGAAAGGCAACCAAGUAAACACAAAAGGCGAAACAUCACUACAUUUAGCAGCCAAAAAUAAAAACCCUGACGGUCAGGUUUCCAUUGAGAACUUAUUAACAAAGGGAGAAGACCCCAACGCCCGUAAUAAGUGGGAUCAAACACCACUCCACUAUGCUGCCAUAGCUGGUUGUUUACAAAAUAUUGAGACCUUGACAAGGUCUCCUGGAAUUGAUGUCAAUAUUAGAGAUAUAAACGGAUACAAUGCUCUUCAUAGUCUGAUUGCUGCAAAUGAUGGUGAAAGUCCCAGUUUUACUGACAAUGACAGACUCGUUUUAAGAAAGUCUUUGCAAGCUCUCGUCAACGCUGGAAUUGAUGUGAACAACCAGACUGUGUUUGGAGAUAGUAUCCUACAUCUCAUUGCAUUGAGGCAGGAUAACCCGCCGUUAUUAAAGUUUUUUAUUUCAAAUUUUCCAGACAUUAAUUUAGAUUUGAUUAACCAAAAUAAUGAGAACUUUUUUCAUGUAUAUGUUGCUGAGGAACGCUUGAAAUAUAUUGUGGAAUUCUUUGAAUGGAUUGCAGAAAAGUACUCAGGAUCUAGAUUGAAGGCUUUAUUAUGCUGUAGAGAUGUCCUUGGGAAAACUCCAUGGACUUUAAUGAUCGGCAAUACAGGUGAAUCUGCAAAUUUUCAAAAAAUUCUUGACUAUGCCGUUUCACCUUAUGUUAAUGAUAACCUUGGGAACACAGUUUUGCAUCAAACUUGUGGUAUUUUAUAUGGAAGUUCGCACUCGGAGUUUUUGGAAUAUAUGCUCAAAGGUGGUGCUGACUUAAACGCACAAAAUAUGUAUGAGGAACCUGUUUUAUCGAUGACUUUAGAUGAGGAAGUUUUUGAGAUUUUCGAACAGUUCAAUCCAGAUUAUGAAGUUAAAGAUAGAUGGGGUAGAAGUACGUUGAGUUCUAUCAUGAAAUAUAGACCUGAUCCGGAUUUCCUUAAAGCUUUGAUGAAAACAGGGACUGUAAAUGUAAACACUAGAGACAUAUACGGCUCUACACCUCUGCAUUUUGCAGCGUAUCUCAAUUAUAAGGAACAAAUAGAGGUAUUGUUGAAAUAUGGUGCAGAUGUAAAUGCUCGUGAUAAUCUCCAAGAAAGACCCUUGGACACAGCAAAGAGACAUAAUAGUUUUCGUUGUAUUGUGCUAUUAAAAGCGGUCGACAGUACGACACAAGGACAUACCAUAAUAUAUACUCGAAUAACAAUGAUUGGAAAUGAGACGUUCGAAGAGAUUUUUUGUGGACUUCCAGAUACGAUAAUAUCGUCUUGUAUCCAAUCACCACAAGAUAUUCAGACAUUACUACAUUUCCCAUUGAAUUUAAAAGACUUCAUGAACUAUCUUCUUGAAUCGUAUCAAACAACAAGUCCAAACUACUGCUCUGAAGUAGAUUCUGUUACAUUCGAUGUAAAUAAUCUUGUCACUUCGCUUUGCACGCAAAUUCGUAAAUACGAUUCUCGAUUUGAAAUGUCUGUUUUUCCAUCUGGAAGCAUGGCUGAAGGAACAAAAAUUGGCCGUCCAGAUGAAUUUGAUUUUAUUUUAUGUCUUGAUAAGUUAAAUGAUAUCACUGAAAUUGUUAUGGCAGACAAUCAUAUGAAGAAAGGGUUCGCUUCUCUGAAAUUCAAAAAUAUACCAGAUGUUGACGAAUACUUGCCAUUUACUGAUGCUGAUGGCUAUUUCUUGCCAAUUUUGUUUUUGAGUUUAUUCAUAGAAUAUUUGAAAAGAGCACUGAAUGAACCUCAUUUGUGGAAGGAUGGACAUUUCUAUUUUAAUGUUCACAAUAGAGUAGGGACAAUCUUCGCCAAACCAGUGUUUACUUUUGAUGUAUAUUGGUUCGGUUCUGUGUACAAACAAUUAAAAAUUAGUAUAGAUCUUGUGCCGGCAGUUUACAAAACAGGAUGGUGGCCAAUAAAUACUGAUGUUGACAAAAUACCUCUCAUUAAUUCAGACAUCAAAGCUGCUGGUUGUUUACUAACACUGCAAAACAAAGUACGCCAAAUGAAUGUAUACAGCUCUCACUGUAUCAGCCGAACAUGUAACACUGAGGACAAUUACGAAGAACUAGCAAAGAAGAGAUUUUUGCGGAUUUCAGCUGCUCCUGCAGAGAUAUGCCUCAUGAAGUCAUUGCCAAAAAAAUUUCGACAAGCUUAUGUCCUUGCAAAAGUCUUAAAGAACAUAUGUCCUGAUAUUGAUGUUGAAACAAAACAAUACAAGCUAGAGCAAAUGGACAUGGAAUAUGCAAGACCACGUCGCACAAAACCAUCGGAACUGCUUAAAAGCUAUAUGUUAAAAAAUAGCAUAUUUUAUGUACUGGACGAACUGAAAAUUAAGAACCAAUUAGAAGAUGAACUUGACAUUUUUGAGAUAAUUAUAAAGAUGUACAAUUUUCUUCUUCGAUUUGUUGAUGGUCGAGAAAUGCGUAUGCGUCCGUACUUUCUGUCAAGUGACAUCAAUGUCUUUGAGAAAUCAAAGGAGUUCUCCUAUGAAAAAACAUUUAUUUUUCAUUUGCAAAGAGAAUUUAGUAUAAAGCUUGUGUUAGGUAUACUGAAUGCUCAGUUUCCGAGGGAAUGUUUGGCUGCUAAAAUAUUUAAAUCUAGAAAUUAAAUCAACAGCAUUCUUUAUUAUAUCUGAUUGCAUUCAAAGCACUUUAUUUUAUAAGAUUUUCACACAAUGACAUCCGCGUACGCCUACGUCAACAAAUAAACCUGUUUAAAAUGGUAGCGGAUAAUUUACCAAGACACUCUAUAAAGCACCGGACAUCUGGAUAUAUAUUGUUCAUUGAAAAUAAACUUUCUGCACGGACACCUAGUUAUCAGAUUAAGAGGUCAAUAGGUAAAUUUAACAACGUUUGAUACACAUAAACGAUGCAAUGAGCUAUAUAUUAUUCGCCAUUCUACAGUAUAUUUUCAAAAGCGUACACAAACACGUUGUGAUUGGCUUACAACGUCCAUAAGCAUUUAUUUAACCAUUGGUGAGAUCUCAUUUUUUCAUUUUGACAGAAGGAGCAAUGAUACUUCAACGAGAAUUUGGGCGCUUAGGCACGUUUACUUAACAGUACCAUUUUACGUCACCAGAUGUACAUUUCGACAAUUAAUGUCAUUUCAGUGAUGCUCAAGAUCAAAAUAUUUGAAAAAUUUAAACCUAUAAUUAGUAUUCGUUGGGGUGCUGAUCAAACCAAAGGACAUAAGAUAUGACCAAAUCAGGAAACUGAGAAUUGAAAAAAAAUAAACAUUGUUCCUAUCGCUGUUCCCUUUGUGUAUUAUUGAUUAAUUUGCUAAAUAAUCGGAAUGAAAGGCAGUUCAGAAUCUUACACCAUAAAGAUAAAUCAAAUUAAAAAUCUUACAUGGUGAUACAGUUCAACCUGUCUGAUCCGACACAAUACGGGGCCAGAUAAUUGUGUCGGAUUGUAUAGGGUGUCGGCAAACUCAGGUUCACUUUUGAACAUCACAAGUAUGCACAACAAUAUCAGUAGAUAACUUUGUGUUUUUUGCUCUAGUUUAAUUUUACUGUUGAGUUUUAAUUUGCGAAAUGAAUAUAAAUAAUACAUCACUACACGAAAUCCCGGAUUUGAAGAGGUAUGCAAAUGUUAUGUCAAUGUAUUCAGAGACCGACAUUUACAUAUAUUUACAAACCGCUGCAUUUAGUUUAUCUUGUCUUUACAUGUAGUAAAUAUCAACAUUUCUUGUGCUAUACCCUCCUAUGGGCGGUUAUGAGAGACCGCGGUUUAUAAAAUAUAUUAACACCUAAUCAAACCAUUUUAAAGUUUAGAAUUUGCAUAUAUUUAUGACCAUCUCAAAACUUUCGCAAACUUAUGUAUUUGUAUACCUCUGCAAAUGGAAAUCUUUGUCAUGUAUUUUUCUAUGAUGUAAAUUUAUCCGCAAAUGUGUUUCUUUGUCUAGGUAGCAAAGCAUCAUCAUUCAAAUAAUUUUAUAGGGGUUAUAAAGUGUAAGGUGCAUCUACAUUUGCCUGGUAAGUAAACCAAUUCAAAACGAGAACUUUAUAGAGGGGUGUAAAGCAUCAUUUCCUUUAAUAUGCAGAGAUCUGUCAAAUGUAUUGUAAAGGAAUAUAUUUGUAAGUCUUUAUAAUCGGCUGAAAUGUAUGUCAAAUCAGAACAUAUCAAAAGACUUUGAACUUAUUCCUAAAUGUAUGGUAAAUACAUAGAUUUGCAGACAAUUUGUUUAAUUAAGAAAUGUGGUCAAAUAAUAAUAUCAAUGACAUGUGUAGAUAUAUUGGGCAUAUGUAACUUUGAAUACAUAUGCAAAGAAAUGAUAAAGAAAGAUAUUUCAGACAGCUAGAAAUGUAUGUGUAAAUAUAUUGGGCAUAUGUAACUUUGAAUAUAUAUACAAAGAUAUUAUAAAGAAAGAUAUUUAAGACAGCUAGAAAUGUAUGGUAAAUAGUUAUAUUUGCUUUUAAUUUGCUGAUAUAUUUGAAAGGUGCAGAUCAGAUUACUGGUCAAGCUAUGAUAUGACAAAUAUAGCUUCUUUGGGAUUGGUUUUGGCAUAUUGGUAAUACCAUUUAUUAUACAUGUAUUUUAAUAAUUUCGUUUUAAUAAAAAAAAAAUCGGGUCUACAAAAUCGA